ACCCGCAACAUUCAUCGGUAACACCAUCACAAAUAGAAUAAGCAACAACCCAAUACCUACGGGUUCCCCCAUAAAAGAACGCAUCAUAACAACAAUAAUAGUAUAUAAAAGGCAAAAGCUACUAUUUAAUUUCUCAAUUCCCGUUCGCUUUCCUUUCUUUCUUUCUCUACAAGCCAGGGACCAAGAUCUCUUCAGAGCAACAAUGGCAAGUGCUCCCACUCCACGAGAGGAGUUCGUAUACAUGGCAAAGCUAGCAGAGCAAGCUGAGCGCUAUGAGGAGAUGGUGGAGUACAUGGAGAAGGUGUCAGCUGCUGCCACCGACGGCGAGGAGUUGUCCGUGGAGGAGCGGAACCUUCUCUCCGUCGCAUACAAGAAUGUGAUCGGCGCUCGACGCGCGUCGUGGCGCAUUAUCUCCUCCAUUGAGCAGAAGGAGGAGAGCAAAGGGAACACAGAACAUGUGGCUACCAUUAAGGAAUACCGCUCCAAGAUAGAGUCUGAGCUGGCCAACAUCUGUGAUGGCAUUCUCAAGCUUUUGGACUCUCGCCUUGUGCCUUCAGCAACCACCAGCGAUUCCAAGGUCUUUUAUUUUAAGAUGAAAGGUGACUACCAUCGAUACCUUGCGGAGUUCAAGUCUGGUGCAGACCGCAAGGAGGCUGCGGAGAGCACCCUUGCCGCCUACCAAUCCGCUCAGGAUAUUGCGAAUGAGGAGUUGCCUCCAACCCAUCCAAUCAGGCUGGGUCUUGCUUUGAACUUCUCUGUCUUUUACUAUGAGAUUCUUAAUUCUCCUGACAAAGCUUGUAGCCUUGCUAAACAGGCUUUUGACAAGGCAAUUGCUGAGCUGGAUACAUUGGGAGAGGAAUCAUACAAAGAUAGCACUUUGAUCAUGCAACUUCUUCGUGAUAACCUUACCCUUUGGACUUCUGACACGCAGGAUGAAGGUGCAGAUGAAAUUAAAGAAGCAGCACCAAAAAGUGAAGAACAACAAUAGAUAUAUCUUGUUGCUAUAUCUUGUUGCUAAUUAGUUGUUGAAUUCCUCUACUAUAAAGUUUCAAAAGGGAGAAGAUGUUUAUUGCAAUCAAUAUAUUCUUGAGAUAUAUAUUAUGCCUUCAUGGUUGU